UUUAAGAUGUCUUCAAACUAUGAAUCAGUAAAGUCUUCAAAGUUAAAGUUCAAAGGGGAGAAAAAGAAGAGAAAAAGAAAAAGGCAAGAGGAAAACAAAGAAUCAGACGGCACAUGGGAUGAUGACGAAACAGCAAGACACAGGGUAUGGUGGAUUGUAAGGGACAUUCUCGAUGUGAAAGGGAGCGUCUUGCUUGAAGACAAAGUCUCUACUUCAUAUGUCAUGGCUUGUGAGGAUGCCACCGUUGCUCUUGGAGAGGUUCGGGACCAAACUGAAGGACCAGAGAACGCGGAGAUAUUCACGGCUCUCCCUGGUAGUGCAGCAGAUAAGUUAGCAAUCAAGACGGGAUACGAUAAAUUCCUUUCGGUAGCACUGGAUGGUUCCAUAAGUGGCCGCUCUGAGGCCAUCGGGGCCCGAGAGGAAUUUCAAAUAUCCUUCGACGACGGAUUUCAGGUUCUCAAGGGAUGCAAUGGCAGAUAUUUGACGUUCAAUUCCGAUGGAACUAUCGGCUGUACGUUGGAGGAAAUUAAAGACAACACUAAAGUUAUCAUGAGAACCAGAGGCGACAAGGAACGGAAAGUACAAACUCUCGCCGAGAAGGAAAAACAAGGAAGCGUCCGGGAGUAUGAGACAAAUUACGUCAAAAUGUUCCAAAAGUUCCAGGAUAAGAAGCUAAAGAUUUCAAAAAACGGGACAAAAGAUUUGAAAGUUGCUAGGAAGGACGGACGUUUUCACGAGGAAAUGCUUGAUCGACGGGAAAAGAUGAAGAGUGAUCGGUACUGCAUGUGAAAACAGAAUUUCGUAAUCAGUUCAUAAUUUCACUUUCAAUUAGUUCAUCUUCAGUUAUUUGUAAUCGUCAGAUUUUGCUAGAUCACGAAUUUUGGUCGACGCUCGGAAAAGUCCUGUCACGCUAUCGGACAAUUGUCUAUGAUGUGCAGGUCCUUGAGACUAUUAACGGCUAGCUAAUGGAUAUAUGAGAUAAUCUUAGCACUUUUGAGGAUUGAUUCCUCGAUAUUAUUAUACACUGUUUUAAUAUUUAUAGCCCGCUUUUACCCUGUUAUAUGCAGUUUUAGAGACAUUAAUGUGA